AUGGGGUUUAAGAAACUUAAAGUGAGCAAUGGGGACAUUAAAUACAAGAAACGUAUUGGAGUUUUAAUCUCUGGCUCAGGGACAAACCUCCAGGCGUUGAUUGACAGGAGUCUGCGGCAUGACAGUAGUUCAGAGAUUGUGCUGGUUGUUAGUAACAAGCCUGGUGUUAAGGGGCUUGAGAGAGCACAAAAUGUUGGGAUACCAACAAAGGUUAUCAAUCACAAGGAAUACAAGUCAAGGUUAGAUUUUGACAUGGCGGUACACUCGACUCUGGAGGAACAUGACGUAGAGCUUGUUUGUUUGGCUGGUUUCAUGCGUAUUUUGACUGGGGAAUUUGUGAGAAAAUGGACUGGACAGCUCAUCAAUAUCCAUCCUUCCCUGCUGCCUUCUUUUAAGGGAGUCGACGCACACAAGCAAGUGUUAGAAGCUGGUGUUACUCUAAGUGGAUGUACUGUGCAUUUUGUUGUG